AUGGCGUCACUGUUUUGUCGUCUCGUCGCAAGAUCAUUCUCGAACAUGACGCGCAAGUUCUUCGUUGGUGGAAACUGGAAGAUGAAUGGCGACAAGAAGUCGAUCGACGGGAUCUGUACGUUCCUCAACCAAAGCGCAGGAGUUCCCGAUGUCGAUGUUAUUGUUGCACCUCCAGCACCCUACCUCACCUAUGUCAAAGAUCAGAUUAAGAACUCUGUGAAGGUUUCUGCCCAGAACUGCUACAAGGUUCCCAAGGGCGCAUUCACCGGCGAAAUCUCGCCAGAAAUGCUCAAGGACUUGGGUAUUGAAUGGGUGAUCCUCGGCCACUCCGAAAGGCGUCAUAUUUUCGGUGAAUCUGAUCAGCUCAUUGCCGAAAAGACCGUGCACGCCCUCGAAGCGAAGGUCAACGUCAUUUUCUGCGUUGGGGAGAAGCUGGAGGAAAGGGAGGCGGGAAAGACGAAAGAUGUAAACUUCCGUCAAAUGCAAGCUCUGGUCGACAAGAAAGUCGACUGGACGAACAUAGUUAUUGCUUAUGAACCUGUGUGGGCUAUAGGAACCGGUAAAACUGCCAGCCCUGAACAGGCGCAAGAGGUUCAUCUCUGGAUCAGAGAAUUCCUGAAAGAUAAGGUCUCCGCUGAUGUGGCUCAGAACACUCGCAUCAUCUAUGGAGGGUCAGUGACAGCUGACAAUUGUGUCGACCUAGGAAAGAAACCGGAUAUUGACGGCUUCCUCGUAGGAGGUGCAUCUCUGAAACCCGAUUUCAUUAAGAUCGUCAAUGCUCGCAAGUAAGAUUGUUGAAGGAUUGCAUAAUAUUCCCGGUUCUGAGCUUGCCUAGUGUUUUUAUUGUUAUCUCUGCCGAAUUCAUAGUUAAUGGUGGCAGUUAGAGAUGAGAUGACUCUUAGAAUUUGUUUUGUUAUUGUAUUAAUGCAUUAUCGUGCAUCCCACUAACUUAAUAAACGAUUUUUAAAAA